AUGGCUGCUGAGACGAAAGAAGGCCGCAGCAGCAGAAGAAGACCGCAGAAGAAGACGCAGAAGAAGAAGAAGAACAAGAAGAAGAGGAGGAGGAGGAGGACGCCCUCUGCCAUUCCAUUCCCGCCAUCUCUUUUCGUCGCCUCUUUGGCGCCCACCCGCUACGAACCGCUGGCUCGCUCGCUUCCCCCCGUCGUCCCCGUCCCUUCCGUUGCUGGUGUUACGAAAAGGUGUUGUUGUUACGCUCCCGCCGCCCACGCUGCACCACACGCUUGCGACUGCUCCGGUUUCGCAGCCUCUCCAUUUUUCCCUCCCGCCCUGCGCCGAGACUCCCACACCACCGCCACCAUCUUGUCCAGUUCCUCCACCACGUCUCCAACCUCGUCGUCGUCACCCACACCGACGAGGGGAGAGUAUCUACGAAGAUCACAGGCCCCCAUUCCAAACACCCUCCCAACCCUCCAAGAUACCCUCUUCGAACAGCACCCGAGAUUCGUCGACCAGCGCACCCUCUCCGCAAUCCUGUACGUCCUCGAAGAAGCCCUUCGCGGUCCCCACCAGCUCACCCCUGAUCUGGAAGAGGAAAACGCGUCCAUGUCCGCGAUGAUGGCAGCCAGCGCACCCGGCCCCAUUCCUGUCCAGCAACAGCAGCAACAGCAACAGAACUACGUCCCAGGCAAUGUCACUGUGCAGCGCGGGCAUACGCGACAGCAAUCCGCCGCUACCGGUGGAGGUGGAGGCGGGGGUGGUGGGAGACCGGUAGCAGCCACUGCCGCCGCCCAGGAACCGUCGCCGAGAAGGCACACGCAGAACACUCAGACCAGAGGCGCACCAGUCGCUGCGGUAGGCGCGGGGGAUGGAGCAGGUGGAGCAGGAAGUGCUGAGGACAAAGCCAGGCCGAUCGGACCCGCAAGUGGGCCCCAGGGCAGAGCCAUGCCACCAAGAGUAGCGAACGCGCAGAGGCCCACCACGUCGCAUCAACAGCAGUCGCCGCGCGGGGGAACAUCACAACAACAUCAACAUCAACAUCAACAACAACAACAACAACAACAACAACAACAACAACAACAACAACAACAACCGCAACAACAAGCCUCGUUUCGUCCCACCGCCGCGGCGAAUCCCCGUCAGCCCGAGCCGGUGCUCCAAUCACAGGGUCAGUCUCAUGCGCCUCGCCCGUCCACCUCCAAUCCGCCUACUGGCGCUGCUGCUGCGGGCACCUCGUCGGCGCGAGGCACCGGCACCACCAGCAGUCAGAAUCAGCAGACCUACCAGCAGCAGCAAUCGGCGAACAGCAGUUCGUUCCCGCACGCGUUCGAGCGCUGGGAGAUGCUUUCGUCACGCUGGGAAGGGCUGACCGGGUACUGGGUAUCGCGCCUCGAGCAGAACCGACAGGAGCUUUCGCACCUGCCGCUCGAGCAGGAGAUGUCGCGGCAGAUCACGGACUUGGCUGCCGCUGGCGCCAACUUAUUUCAGGCGCUGAUCGAACUGCAGAGAUUGCGCGCGUCUUCCGAGAGGAAGUUCCAGCGAUGGUUCUUUGAGACGCGCGCGGAUCAGGAACGGGCGCGCGAGAUGAGCAGUGAGCUGGAGCGCUCGCUCCGCAUCGAGAGGCAACAGCGCGCAGACGCGGUCACGCAGAUACGCCAAUUGGAUAAGGACAAGACUACGGCCGAGAAGAUGGUCGAGGAGACGCGUCGCGAAUUGCAGAUCUCGAGGGAAGAGUGCAGGCGUGCGUGGGAGGAACUCGGGCGACGGGAGCAAGACGAGCGCGAAGUCACCACUAGUCUUAGAGACGGCCAUCCCGCUCUGGUGGGCGGUGUCCAGGUCACUCCGAUGCCGAUGCCCGGAGUCCCAUCGAGAAGCAACAGCCAAUCCAACAGACCGCGGACAGCGACCGGCCCGCCUAAUCCAGGCGCUGCUACUGGUCCUCAAUCGGAAGGCCACAAUGACCGCCCGCAGACGGGCACGGCCGCUCCUACGACACGUCAGCCACACCCGCUCGCCCAGGAGCAGACUUAUCGCCAGUCGCACCCGCCGUCGCAGCCGCAAUCGCCGUCGCCGCUUCACCACGAGUCAGAUCUCAUCGAUCUCCAGCCGCAACAGCCACAGCCCACUUCGACGGCGGCUGCUACCGCCCGGACCACGACUGCGACCGGAACGCCGUCGCCUGCGUACCCGCCAGUCCAGUCGCCACAGCAGCAGCAGCAGUCGUCGGUGUCGGACCGAGGGUUCUACCAGCAAACACCUAGUUCCCUCCACGACAUGGAAGGCUCGCAAGUCGGCCCGCCAUCGACCAACCCAUCGCCGGUUUCAUACGCCACCAAUCCGAUGGUUGGCUCGCCGGCGCCAACUAUCAGCACAACAUCGAUCGCCUUCGAGACGGACGAGCAUGGUAACAUCGUGAUCGGGUCCGACGGCGAGCCCCUGCGGGUCCGGCAACCGGGAGACCUCUCCAGCGAAGAAGACGAAGACAAUUACCCGGAAGACAGAGAAUGGGGAUAUGGGGGUAGCGGCGGCGUCGGUAUCGUAAACACCUGGGAGCCAAUCUCGAGACAUCACCACCCGACGCGCUUGAGCGAUGUGCUCGAGGAGGACGAGAGAGCCACCGUUAGCGAUGGGAGGAGAUCGGCUCUCGGGUAAUUGAGAUUUACGACGACAGAUGGUUAUGAUUUGGGAAGGGGCGGGUGGCUGGAUGGAUGGAUGGAUGGAUGGGACGGGGGGCUGGGUGGCGUCGGUGGCAUUAAAAUUCGGCAUUCUUCUUCCGAUGCUGCGUUUCGUUGUUUUAUCGUUUGCGAUUUUUUCUCUUUCUCUUCGUUUCGUUUCAUUUUCUUUGCAUCUCUGUACGGGGGGACGGGUUUUCCUUUGAUAUCUUCUGCCUACUUUUCCGUGUUCGAAGUCUGCUUGCUUACUUACUUACUUACCUACCUGCGUUCUGUCUGCUUCUAUUGCCAUAUACCUAGUCUAUGUCGCCCUCUUUUGGAUGCGCUUUUUUGUCUGCCUGUCUGUCUGUCUGUCUGUCUCGCUUGGUCUUGCUUGGUCUUGCUUGGUCUUUAGAUAUGAUGGCGU